UUGAAAUGCGAAGCUGAAGGUGACAAAGACAGUUCCUUUAGGGCCACAAUCAAAUACAAGUGGAAGUACAAUGAUAAAGAUAUUGAACUCAAUGAUACCAUUGUUUGGUCUGAUGACGCUCAUUCCUUAGUUUUUCUCAAUGCGCAGGUUCGUCAGAGUGGAACGUAUACAUGUAUAGCAUAUAUCGACAAGCCAUCUUAUGCUGAAAAAAGAAGCUCUGCGAAAGUUGUUAUACGAGGUCCGCCUGAGGCACCGAAUAAAGUGCAAAUCGAAGGAGACUGCAGCAAAUUCUCCGCGAAGUUAACAUGGAAUAUACCGGGCAACAACUAUGAUCCAAUCAAACACUUCAUCAUAGAGACAGCAACCACUUAUGAUACGGAGUGGCAUAAAAAUGAAAGCGACCAUAUCGAUCCAAAGUUGAAAGAAAAAACGAUUAAAGGUCUCUCGCCCUGGACCUCUUACCGAUUUCGUGUUCUAGCGUUUAAUGCAAUUGGCCAAAGUGAUCCAAGUGAACCUACGCAAUUAGAGAAGUGCAAAACCCCACAGAAAGCACCAUUCAUUUGUCCUGCGGUUGAAGCUAUACCAGGAAAAGCGAACGAAUUGACCUUGAAAUGGAAGGAAAUUAAAUUAAUUGAACGAAACGGUGAAUCUUUUCGCUACCUGCUGCAGUAUUGGCCAGAUGCAUCACCUGAAAAACGUCGGAACAAAACUUUCAAUCCCGUCCAAUUAGAAUUUGAAGUUCCUAAUGCUGGGUAUUAUCAACUGUGGAAGUUUCAGAUUCAAGGAGUAAACAAAGUCGGCGCUGGACCAUACUGUACCGGGCAAUCUCGUUCUGGACAAAAUGCUCCAACAGUUGCUCCUACUAAACUAACUGUGACGGAGUCUGGCGCCACAUAUAUUGUAUUGGAGUGGGAAGCAAUUUCAUUAGAGAGAGGAAGUGUCGAUGGUUAUCAUGUACAUUCGCGGCGAUCUAUUACCGCAAAUGAUUGUGAUCGAAAGAGUUCUUGUGUGCGCAAUGUUAUUGGCGGUGAAACGAAAAGUACUCGCCUAGACGGUCUUCUCGCAUACACAAACUAUCGAAUCUCUAUAUACGGUUAUAACAGCGGGGGCAGUGGCCCAGAAGCCAGUACAUCUUACAAAACAGACCCAGACUUGCCAGGUAUCCCGGAAGUCACAGUUAAAUCAUUUGCGAAAUUUAUCACAGUUUUUUGGAAUGAACCUAAACAGCCCAAUGGCGAGAUUACUGGAUAUGAGGUAGAAAUUGGUAAGGACGCUGAACCCAAGGUCGUAACUCUUGGUCCGACUUCUAAGGAGCACACGUUCGGUGGAUUGGAACCAAACAAAAGUUAUGUUGUAUCUGUUCGAGCAAAGACUGCCGCUGGAUUUGGGCUGAGAAAAAGAUACCAUGUUCAAACCAAGUUACCUAUACCAAAAGCUCAAAACAGUCCAAUUUACAAACGUUCAUGGUUCGUGGCGAUAGUGGUUAUUGUCUGUCUACUCCUCAUUUUAUUUCUCAUUGCUUUACUAAUCACAAGGAAGAGAGGUGAGAGGUAUCCUGUUGGUAAACGUGAGAAAAAGAGAGAUGGAAUUCCGGACGUUGGCGAAGAACCAGAUUACAACAUGUAUCCGAUGAAUCCAGCAAAGUAG